AUGGUGCCUGAGAAGCUUUACUUCGGUCCAACCGAGUACAGCCAGGGUUGUAGGAUAUUGACAAGGUGCUCAGUUAGAGCUGUUGUGGACAAGAUUGAUAAGCUUAAUGAGGAGAAAGCAUGGUUCAGAGUGCAUCCUCAAUUUAAGCACAUUUUUCACAUGUUCAAGGAGCCCAACCACAUGAAUCAAGGAUUUUGGAUGCUUCUCCUUCAGACUGCUCAUACUGAUAGGCUUAGUGAGUGCUGGUUUGUUGUUAACGGAGUUCCGAUAAGGUAUUCUCUGGGAGAGCAUGCGCUUUUGAGUGAACUUGACUGUCGUGAUUACCCGGUUGACUACAACAAUUUGGGAAACACAAAGUUUGUUGAGAAGCACUUUGGUAGGGCGGAUAAAAUCAAGAUUGGGGAUGUGGAAGAAAAAUUAAAUGAAAUGAAGGAUACCUCUGUGGACAGGAAGAAAAUGGCCCUCCUCUGGUUUUUAUGCAAGGUAGUGAAGGCGAAAUACAAGACUGAUGGUACCAUUGAUACGUUCUUGCUCAGCGUUGUCAGUGAUUUGAAUGUGUGUAAAUCAAUCCCUUGA